AUGCUGUUUUGGCAUAACCAGCCAGAGCACCUAUGGCUCAGUCCCCGGAAACUGUACCCAGGGUCUCCGAGUGACUUGCUCAGGGAGUCCCUGCCCUUGCCCUGCCUGAAGCAGGAAGGGCUACACAACAUCCCCAGCUAGGAGCAUCCCCACCCUGCAUUCCAGUACAUUCUCUGUGCAGCCACCUCCCAUGCCGUCAAGCAGCAGGAAGAGACCCUCACCUACCUGAACCAGGGCCAGCCCUAUGAGGUGCGGAUGCUUGGUAACACCACACUGAGUGAUGCUACUGCCUGGGCCUGGCUAUUGAAGAGUGUGUUGUGUGUGGUUUUCCUGUGAUACACAGAGCAGCAGCAGCUGGAUGGGUGCAGGUGGAGGUGGCCAGGAGACAGCACCCUGGACAUUGAUGUGCCCCUGUCCUUGGGGGUGAUCGAACCCCAGAGGCUGCUCUCACCACUCAACACAGUGGAGUUUCAUUGGAACCUCCCAAUGCAGUUUGGAGUUUCAAGUUGCAAUUUGGAGUUUCAAGAGGAUCUCCCUCUUCCGAUUCACCGCAUCAGCACCGUGUUUGCUCCUUCCAAGAUGGGUGGAGAGAAAGGUGUCCCCUUCCGCCUCCAGAUCCACACCUUCAAGGCCAGCGACAAGGACCUUCCGCAGGCAGCGCACCUGCACUCUGCCGGCCGCCUCACCAAAGUGUUCAAGCCCAAAGGAGCUGACCGCAAACUGAAAACAGACCGGGAGAGGCACAGUAUCAGGCUGCCCCUGAGGGCCUGGUACCAGCAGUGUUGACCAUGCCCAGAUCCCAGUGCAGGGCCCGACUAGCCUCUCAGCCCUCUUGCUCCGACCUCUCCGCACUCGGGCAAGCUCCUGUCCCCAGAGAGGCUCUGCUCCUCCCCACCGUUCGCCUUGGAUACCUUGCGGGGCAGCCCCGCUGAGGACCUGAACCCUGGGGCCUCCAUCCUAGCCCCGCAGCAGUGGUUGCAUCAGCACCUGUCCUCCAGCUACUACGGGAUGCUGACCAACUUCACUGGUACUGAUCUGCUGAAGCUUACCCGCCAGGAUCUCGUCCAGAUCUGUGGGGCUGCGGAUGGGAUCUGCCCUCUCAAUGCUCUUCAAGCCAAUGCUCUUUCUGCUGGGCUCACCAGCUGACUGCAUGUGGCUCAGCAGGCCUCUAGGCAAGAGAGCGAGGUUCCUAAGAACACCAACUCAGGUGAGUUUCAAGAGAUCUCUCUAGAUGAACUCAGCGCCGUGCAGCUGUCUGCGAAGCUGGCUGAGUUCUUGGCCCUCCCAGCCAAUCAGAUGCUGCCCCACCCUGGGGACGUCUUUGUUCUCCUCAGUGACCAGGUGGUUCAGAAUCUUGAGAAUGAGUCAUACUUUGUGGCUGUGGGGAACAAAGGUAGGGGUUUUAGAGAGAAAGAAGUCUAGCAGGCCCUAGAAAGGAUGCCUGCCCUCUAUCCCUCCUACAGGACAGAGGGAGGCUUCCUCAUGCUGGGGGAGGAAGAACACCCGGUGCAGAAUCCAGACGGCUACUUCCUGGUUCUUACCUAG